CUCACACAAGAAGAGCUAGAUCACAUCGCUUACAUACAGAGGAUAGCGGAGCAAGAACAGUUGUCAGUUCUACCUGUGCCCACCAUAGUUAGGGAAGAAGUUACAACAGCAGAUUCAGUCACACCAACCGCUACGCCUGUAACGGAAGCACCAGUGGACGCACCUGUACCACUUACGCAAGAGGAACUUGAUCAUAUUGCUUACAUACAAAGGCUGGCAGAUCAAGAACAACUGUCAAUCCUGCAGAAGCCUCCUGUGUCCACUACAGCUGUAGAAGACUUAGCGACAAGCGUUCCACCUGCACCUGAAUCACCUGUUCAAGCACCUAUGGAACUCACACAAGAAGAGCUAGAUCACAUCGCCUCCAUACAGAGAAUGGCGGAGCAAGAGCACCUAUCACUCCUUCAGAAACCUGUGUCCACCAUAGUUGGAGAAGAAGACAAGGUAACCGUCACCCAUCCAGACAUACCAGCCGCUGUGCCUCUAGCGGAAGCACUCACGGCCACAUCUGUAGAACUCACCCGGGAAGAACUUGAUCAUAUUGCUUACAUACAGCGUAUGGCAGAACAAGAACAAAUGCCAGCGCAGCAGCUUCCUGUCUCAGUUACUGCUAAAGCUGCCGAGCAACCAAGCCCUUCAAGGGCCACUUUCGUGAGUGAACCACCGGCGGAAGCUCUUGCGCAACUUACACAGGAGGAGCUUGAUCAUAUCGCUUACGUACAAAGUAUGGCAGAACAAGAACAAGUGCCUGCGCAAAAACUUUCUGAUUUACUCACUUCUAAGGAUGAAACUGCUGCCCACGACAUCGUAAAAGCUGCGCCUUUAGCGGAACCACAUGCCGAAGCAGUACAACUUACACAGGAAGAGCUGGAUCACAUCGCUUACAUACAGAGGAUGGCAGAACAAGAGAUGUUAGCUUUACAAGAACCUUCUGUAGCAGUGAGGCCUCAAGAAAAAACUGCAGAAGCUCAUGACUUCUCAACCACAGCAUCUCCGGCAAAACAGCCUACCGAGGCGCAGCUCACACAAGAAGAGCUGGAUCAUAUCGCCUAUAUACAGAAGCUCGCAGAAGAAUCAUUCGGUAUGCCUACAACAGAAGAAUUCACGCUGAGAAUUGAUGAGCAUAGAACUCAACCAACUGUGACGAUAGAAAAGACCAUUGAGAGGGCUCCUACAGUGGAAUCUACCUUGCAAGUUUGGAACGAUCGAGGUCAUGUCCAGGAAUCAGUGGCCGCUGUAAUCAAAAUAGACGAGACAGUGAGCGAACCUUCGAGCGUAACCAUGAGGGAUCAAAGUGAGGCAAAGUUGCCGUCAAAAGUGGCCUUCGUCAAAGAAUCACCUUUCGAAGCUGAAGUACAGCCAGCAUCUUCCAUAGCGGAAGCAAUAGACGAACAUGUUGGGCUUGUUGAA